AUGAUGGCCUUGAAGACGUGCUCUCUGCUGCUGGUUCUCCUGUUCCUAGCAGUGGGACUGGGAGAGAAGGAAGAGGCUCCAUCCAGAUCCCAUGCUAAACUGGGAGGCCCCCGACCUCGAGGCCCAAGGUAUGCAGAGGGGACGUUCAUCAGUGACUACAGCAUUGCCAUGGACAAGAUCCGCCAACAGGACUUUGUGAACUGGCUGCUGGCCCAGAAGGGGAAGAAGAAUGACUGGAAACACAACAUCACCCAGCGGGAGGCCCGGGCCUUGGAGCUAGCUGGGAAAUCUCAAAGGAAUGAGGAGACAGUGGAGCAGCAGAAACCCCUCCCAAGAAACUCCGGUGAUGAGGAUCUGCUAAGAGACUUGCUGAUUCAAGAGCUGCUGGCCUGGAUGGUGGACCAGACAGAGCUCUGCAGGCUCAGGUGA